AUUAAUGCAAGACCAACAGACAAGUUUUCCUUUUCAAAUAACUGAAAGUGAGUGGUUGUAAUCUGAAAAAAAAGGGAAAAAUGCCAUUCUUGAACAUUGGGUGGGCAUAUUGAAAAUGCCAUGCAAUUUCAAUAAAGACAAACAAAUGUAAGAUAAUCCAAUUUAAGAUAAUUCUGUUAACCAUUGUAACUCUUUCAGCUCAGGAAGCUUUAUCGUCUGGGAUUCAUGCCGGUCCUAAUAGGAAACACAGCAAAGGGAAGCAGCUGGGCAGCUGACGUUAUGGAGCCUUCUAACCCUCAAUCAGGUCUGGAGGAGGAAUGCCACAUAAAGAUUCAGAGAUGCUACGAAAAAAACGGCAGAAAGCCAAUUCAAUUGAUGUGGAGCAGAAGACAAGAAAUAAGAAGGAGAGUAGCACUUCAUCCCCCUCUCCAAUUCCACCUGACCGUUCUGAACGGAAUGUCUCCUCCACCUCUGUCCCCUCACCCUCUGACCAACUCUCCUCCCUCCAUCCACCUCCCUCUCAUGAUAAAUGUUCCUCUCAGCCUUGUUCUCCUGCUAAACUCCCCUCUCUCCCCCGGUCACCUGCCAAACACCCUUCCCCAGUGAAAUCCACUCCAGUGGUGUCCCUCCCUAGUUCUCUCUAUCCUACCAACCGUCUGGACCGUCAUGGACACACCAGCCAAGAGGGCGCAACUGUCAGACCUCUGUCUCUUCAGGACUACUCUAGCCCAAGGCCGCAGAGGCCUAUCUCAGCCGCCAGAAGCCAGACUCUUCCCAGGGCCAGCUCAGCCACCAGAGGGUCAGAGGAGACCCAGGGGGCCAGAGGAGAACGGGGGGCCCUGGUCAACAUGGAACUUCUUGGAUUGCCUAACAUUGGCAACACUUGCUUCCUUAACGCCACCCUGCAGUGCCUUCUGGUCCUGCCUUACUUCUCAAAGGAAAUCCUACGCCAGGAACAACUCUGGAGCUCCUCCCCCUUCUCCAACCUGCUCAAUCUCCUAAUCGGCUACGUUAAUUCUCCUAACCUGCUGCCCUUCAGAGCCUUCCUAGGCAAGAAGGACGUGUCCAAGGAGUUGGAGGAGGUGCACGCUGAGAGUCGGGCCCAGAACACCCUGCACAUGGCGUCCGUCACCGAGCUCCUGCUUAACCCCGCCUUGCGCUGGCAGGUCAUCACCGUCAUAGUCACCAUGGCCUGCUACCAGCUGUGUGGCCUGAAUGCCAUCUGGUACUACACCAAUGGGAUCUUGAGGGACUCAGGCUUUGCAGAGAACGUGAUCCCAUACAUCGUCAUCAGCACAGGCGGUAUAGAAACUCUGGCUGCCAUUGUCUCGGGCCUUGUGAUUGAGCGCAUCGGCAGAAGACCCCUCCUCAUCUUCGGCUUCAGCGCCAUGGCCUUCUUCUUUGGCCUUCUCACCGUGUUCCUCAAUUUCCAGGACCAAUAUUCAUGGAUGCCCUAUCUCAGUUUCACCUGUAUAUUGGCUGUAAUUGCCUCCUUCUGCUCCGGUCCAGGUGGCAUCCCCUUUGUACUGACCGGAGAGCUGUUUGAACAGUCGUACCGACCCGCAGCCUUCAUGAUCGCAGGGAUCGUCAACUGGGUCGCCAACUUCGCAGUCGGACUUUUGUUCCCGUUCAUGCAGGAGUCCCUGCAGACCUAUGCCUUCUUGGUGUUUGUGGUGGUGUGUGUGCUGGGUGCUGUGUACCUCUACUUCGUUCUGCCCGAGACCAAAAACAAGACCUUUGUGGACAUUAGCCAGAGCUUCGCCAAAAUCAAUAAGGUUCCGUUGGAUGACAAGGAAAUGGAGGACGAACUUGCUAUCAAGGCUGGGUCAAAGGAAGUGGAAGAAAAUGGACAAGUCAUCGACGUUGAGAUGGAGAGUUCGUUUUGAAUCAAAGAAAAGCCAUCAGGCGUCAGUUUACUGUUGUACAUACUGUAUUUUGCUUCACUGAAGUGAAAUGUAAUUUCUAAGAUAACGUUUUUCUGCUGGGUGAGUAUUUUUUUGUAUGAAAUUAUUUUUCAAUACAUUUUUAAAGCUGUCUUACCGAGAGAAAAAAUACAGUUAUUGCAAAUCUUUGGCCAAUUUGCCGCAAAUUUGCAGCAAGCUCAUAUUUUCACAUGCAAAUUAGUUUUGUGGCAAACUGUUACAGCAAAUUUGCGGUGACUUGUGAACUUCUGGCUAACAAUUCUGCGAAACUUGUGGCGAACAUUCUACUGUUUGCUGCAGAUUUGCUGCAAACUCAUUAUGAAUAUGCAUAUUAGAUCAGGUUUUUGGUUACUUUGUGUAUUAACAUUGAAAUAUCGUAUCUACAUAAACCAAAUCACACAUAACGUUAAAUGAACAUGCUUCUCACAGUGAAAACUAAACUAAACAUACUAAAUGUGCUAAAUAUACUAAACCACAUAUAUUCAAUAUCUUAAUAAAUAAAAUUAAAUCCAAUACAA